AUGGACAAGGGAGAUCACGCCUCCAGCGGCGAGCACGCCGACACAACCCCGACCUAUGUCAACGAGAAAACCGGUCAUGAUGUAAAUGAGGCUGCCGUCGCCGCGACCAAGGUCGUCAAGGGCAAUGAGGCCUUCCAGGAGGCCAUGAUCAAGGAGCCCCCGCGGGCCUGGACCCAGGCCCAGAUCCUCAUCUACAUCUUCUCCGUCAUCGGCUUCUUCUGCUCGACCAUGAACGGCUACGACGGCUCCCUCAUGAACAACCUGCUCCAGAACCCGGCCUUCAAGCUCAAGUACGGCGUCCAGAGCGCCGGUAUCUGGGCCGGCAUCGUCUCCUCCAUGUACCAGAUCGGCGGCGUCGUCGCCCUUCCCUUUGUCGGCCCCGCCAUCGAUACCUGGGGCCGCCGCAUCGGCAUGCUCAUCGGCGCCGCCACCAUCAUCGUCGGCACCGUCAUCCAGGGCACCUCGCACGAGUCGGGCCAGUUCAUGGGCGGCCGCUUCCUGCUCGGCUUCGGCGUCUCGAUCGCCGCCGCCGCGGGCCCCAUGUACGUCGUCGAGAUCAACCACCCGGCCUACCGCGGCGUCGUGGGCGCCAUGUACAACACGCUCUGGUUCUCGGGCGCCAUGAUCGCCUCGGGCGCCGCGCGCGCCGUCGUCGACCGCGGCGACGAGGACUACUCGUGGCAGCUCAUCACCUGGCUGCAGGCGCUCUUCUCGGGCCUCAUCAUCCUCUUCUGCAUGUUCCUGCCCGAGUCGCCGCGCUGGCUCUACGUCAACAACAAGCGCGAGGCGGCCAAGGCCAUGCUGACAAAGUACCACGGCAACGGCAACGAGGACAGCCCCUGGGUGCAGCUGCAGCUCAACGAGUACGAGGAGUUCCUCGACAUGGACGGCGCCGACAAGCGCUGGUGGGACUACCGCGCGCUCUUCCGCAACCGCGGCGCCGUCUACCGCCUCCUGUGCAACAUCGCCAUCUCCAUCUUUGGCCAGUGGGCCGGCAACGCCGUCCUGUCGUACUACCUCGGCGCCGUGCUCGAGACGGCCGGCUACGGCGACUACCUGUCCAAGGCCAACAUCACCCUCAUCAACUCGUCGCAGCAGUUCGCCUGCGCCAUCUUUGGCGCCUUCCUCGUCGACAGGGUCGGCCGCCGCCCCCUGCUGCUCUUCUCCUUCACCGGCUGCUGCGUCGUCUGGCUCGGCGUCACCAUCGCCGCCGCUGAGUUCGCCAAGUCCGGCGGCGGUCUGCUGCCCGACGGCACCGUCCUGCAGGGCAGCAACCACGCCGCCUCCAAGGCCGUGCUCGCCCUCAUCUUCAUCUUCGGCUCCAUCUAUUCCGUCGGUAUCACCCCGCUGCAGGCCCUCUACCCCGUCGAGGUGCUGUCGUUCGAGAUGCGCGCCAAGGGCAUGGCCUUCUCGUCGCUGGCCGUCAACGCCGCCGGCCUGCUGAACCAAUUCGCCUGGCCCGUGUCGCUGCAGAACAUCUCGUGGAAGACGUACAUUGUCUUUACCGUCCAGGACGCCAUCCAGGCUGCUAUCAUCUGGGCCUUCAUCCCCGAGACCAAGGGUCGCACUCUUGAGGAGCUCGAUGAGAUCUUCGCCGCCAAGAACCCCGUCAAGGCCUCCCUCGCCCGCAAGGAGAUCGGCGUCAACGAGCACGGCGACGUUGUCAAGGUUCACGAGGUCUAA